GCAGGACAACAGAUGACGUGAAUAGCAAUCCGUGCUCCUGGUGAAGGUGGCAGCCGAUAAUGCGCAUUUAUGGGCUUUUGCAGCAGAGUGAUGGAGCUUGUACCCAUUCCUGGUCAAGAAGAAGGCUUAGACGACUGGCCGAUGCAACCCGACUUCCUGUACAGUACUGACGCAGACGAUCGACCCAAUCGGCCACUGUCGAAACGGCGGGUCUCGACCGGCCAAGAGCGCCCAACUUCCAGUCGAAUUAGAGGAGAGCACGCAGAAAAGGCCCUAUCUCAGGCGCUGUCAGCGGGAGCCGCUUUUGACGAGUGGGCCACCGGCACGGGGCGCUUCGACCUCUUCCGGUUCGUUCCGGUGGACCCAGUCGAGUUUGUAAAGCUGUUGGCGCUCAGGCAUUGUGUCAGCGCACGGGUGAUAUCGGCCGAGCGACUGAAACGAGGGCUGGCAACAGGGCUUAGGGCCCUCAGGUUGUCGGUUCAGUACAAAUUGACCGGCAGUCGCGAAGCCAAGACAGCACCCCCGUCACCGAACGAAGCUGUUACCAGAGAUUACCGCGCUCGCUGGCGUCACUUUGUCGCUCUGCUAAAUGUACGCGCUGUCUGGUCGUUCGCUCGUCUGGAGAGGGCAGCGGACUUGGAAUGCCGGCGGAAGGAGUUGCGAACGGAACAUUUGGCGCAACGGCCGCGGACGGCGGACGAGCCGGACCGGCAGAGCGCAGUUCACUUUCUUCAAACGGCUCUCGAACGGUGUUCUGCAGCUGGACGCGUGUCCCGGCGAUGACGGCAUGCCCGUGCUUGACGACGUGGUACAAGAUCUUGCCGGCCUGGUGAUCGAGCGCGCUGCUAGAUGAUGUGAGCGCCCUAUGUUUAAAAUUUUGUCUCCUUGUCGUUUCGUUUCCUUCAGCAUACCCUGCUCUUCAGCAUACCCUUCCGUAAGGACUGAUUUGCCUCCCCGUGUCGCGGCGAAACGGGCCUUCUUCAGUGUCUCUUCCGCUAGAGCCCUUUGCAGCUGGAUCUUUUGCAAGCGCAAUGGUAAGUUGUCAGUGAAAGCGAGGAGUCGUCGCAAAACCAGAUCCCAGCUCUUAGGGCCACCAAUGACUUAGACCAGCUCUCGUGAACUCAUUUCUGUAGAGUGUAAGUUUUCUAGCCUUUGAAGUCUUUGCGCCAGCUAAAGCAACAGAUUGAGCCAGGUACAACUAAGAGUCUGCCUUUUCUUCCGGUUGCAUCAUACUUGACUUGAAGCUCACCGCUUCGCUGGAGUUUGAGCUUUUGCGGUUGCUGACUUGUGUGGAAACUGACACUUGGUGGCUUUUCCAAGAAAACUUUUUUCAUCUCUAUUUUCUUGGUUUUGCUUACGUCACCAGCGCAGCAAAAGCAGAAUCUAGUACUUAACGAGUCGUCGGCGUGGCUCAGAUGGGAUGGCGGUUGUGAUCAGCUAGUGGCCCGACUUAUCAUCACAUACGAAGAGGAGUCUUCUCUUGAUAAAGAGAGGAGUUUUCUUUCCUUUUAGAAACGAGAGAAUUAAUGAGUCUUGUGAUGAAGUUCAGAACUCACACUGGCCCCUUGUUUUGCAAGGAAUCUCUUUCAGCAUCGCGCGCAUAUAGUGACCAGUAGCUGUUGGGCAGGCUCCCUUUGUUGACUCUCUAGCUGACGUGCAGCGUGAUACAUAUACAGUCGGACCAGAACCAGAUGGGUACGUGGCAUGUCACACUAGCGGGCUCAAAGGACGUGCGCUUGUAAGAAGCCCU